CCCUUCUAAUUCCCAACGCAUUUCCCCAAACUCUCUCUCUCUCUCUCUCUCUCUCUCUCUCUCGUUUGAUCUUUCGCAGAGGAAGAAAAAUGGCGUCGUUCGACGAAGCACCGCCUGGUAACCCCAAGGCCGGAGAGAAGAUCUUCAGAACCAAAUGUGCGCAGUGCCACACUGUCGAGAAAGGUGCCGGUCACAAGCAAGGACCGAACUUGAACGGUUUGUUCGGAAGGCAAUCUGGAACAACUCCUGGAUACUCAUACUCUGCAGCUAACAAGAACAUGGCCGUGAUGUGGGAGGAGAAGACUCUGUACGAUUACCUGUUGAACCCCAAGAAGUACAUCCCCGGGACGAAGAUGGUGUUCCCUGGACUGAAGAAGCCACAAGAACGAGCCGAUCUCAUUGCUUAUUUGAAGGAAGCCACUGCUUAACUAGGGUUCGAUUCUUUCACCAAUAAAAUAAACCACAGACCUUAUUGGGUCAUCAUGGACUGAGUUCUUCUGUAUCGGCAUUUUACUUUUCUUUUGGAAGGGGCAGAUUGUUGUUGUUGCCUCUGCUCAUUUCAAGCAUUGAUCUCUGAGUUGAGCUCAUUUUUACCAAUACUUAUCCAUAUCCGCCUAAUGUUAUUUGCUGUCUCUGGUUUCUGCAUUUA